GGCAACAAUAUUAUUCAGAUCAUACAAACUAAAACAAAAAAAAAAAAGAAAAAAAAGGAACAUGGAGCAUCAAAUCUAUGCAAUGAAGAUUGCAAUCUUCUUCUUUCUUUUCAUCUCCCAAAAUCUUGCACAAGUGCAGCAACAACAAUGCAUGAACGAGCUUCAGCCGUGCCUAAACUACCUCAACGGAAACACCCGACCGUCGGAUAGUUGUUGCCAAAAUCUCGAUAACGUUAUUAAGUCAAUGCCGGAGUGCCUAUGUGCUAUGAUAAGCGUUAAGGGCGCCGAUCUAGCUCAGCAAUACAUCAACGUCACUGAGGCUCAGACGUUGCCCGGGAGGUGUGGGCAACGUAUCAACCCGUUAGGGUGCGUGACGGGCACGCCCGAUACGAGAUCUAGGAACACGGUUCAAAAUUCUAGCAGCUCGAAAUUAGGGAUUUUGAGUUUGAGUAUGUUUGUUGCUGCAUUAUUUGUAAGUUUACAAGCGUUCUAGACUUUUAGUUAUGUUGUUGAAGUGUGUUAAAGUUUUAUCACUUUCGUUUUAAGUAAGGAGAUUUGUAUUUAUUGUGUCGCGUUUAAAUUUAUUUGUUACUAUAAAACAUUAAUGUUUACUGUAGA